AUGGACAGAGGAAACCAUACCCAAACAAGGGAAUUUAUUUUUGUUGGAUUUUCAGAGUUUCCUGAAAUUCAACAAUUACUAUUUGCAGUAUUGUUAUCGAUCUACCUAACCAGUGUCCUUGGAAACAUAUCUCUAAUUCUUGCUUAUAAAUUUAGCUUGGAUCUUAACACCCCUAUGUAUUUUUAUCUUGCCAACCUGUCCUUUCUAGAGGUAUGUUAUAUUUCAACUACCGUUCCCAAAAUGUUAUCAGUUCUUCUAGCAGAUCAUAAAUCAAUCUCCUUUUAUGAAUGUGCCCUACAAAUGUACUGUUUCAUCCUACUGGGGGGUACGGAGUGCUACAUGCUUGCCACUAUGGCGUACGAUCGCUAUAAUGCUAUAUGCCACCCACUUUUAUAUAGCAGCAUAAUGAAUAAAAGAGUCUGUAGUCAACUUAUAGUGGGGUCAUGGAUAAUUGGUGCUGGAAACUCUCUGAUACACACGGUUCUCACAUUUACACUGUCCUUCUGUAAUGAGAAUAAGAUCAAUCAUUUCUUUUGUGAUAUUCCACCUCUCAUGGAACUGGCAUGUACAGACACCUGGAUCAACGAGCUUGUUCUCCUUGCUGCGUGCGGUCUUGUUAUUGUAUGCUCGUUCCUGAUAACCGCGCUUUCUUAUGUACAUAUCAUCUCAGCUGUUCUAAACAUUCACUCUGUCUCAGGAAGAAAAAAAACAUUUUCAACUUGUACCUCCCACUUAAUAGUCGUAUGCUUGUUUUACGGCUCCGCCAUUUUUAUGUAUUUCCGUCCAAAAUCAAGUUACAUGAUGGAUCAUGACAGGCUAAUAUCAGCCAUGUAUGCAGUUAUUACACCCCUGAUGAACCCUUUUAUAUACAGCCUCAGGAACGUCAAUGUCAAAGUAGCUAUUAAGAAGAUAGUGUAUCGGAUCAUUAUAAUUUAG